AUGAGCGCAGUCUCUUUGCAACUUACCGUUGCAUACAUGAUUGAAGCCAUGACUGUCUCUGAAAAGCCCAGAUUCCUUCUCCUGGGGAGCCUUGAGCUCGCUCACGAUGCAUUGGCUUCCGUCGCCCAAAUCGGCGGCAUGAUUCAGCCGACAGCCACCAACCGCGCCGAAUUUCUCGCCGAGUGCCAGUCCGAGGCCUUUUCCGGCAUCGAGGCCAUCUACCGGACCUAUGGCUCCGCGCGCAUCACCGGCCUAUUUGACGAGGAGCUCGUAGCCGCGCUGCCCAAGAGCUGCCGCUUCGUAUGCCACAAAGGCGCCGGGUAUGACCAAAUCGACGUUGCCGCGUGCCGCGCGCACAACGUCCGCGUCUCCAACGUCCCGACGGCCGUCGACGACGCCACCGCCGACAUCACGCUGUUCCUCAUCCUCGGCGCCCUGCGCAACCUCAACGCCGGCAUGUCGGCGCUCCGCCGGGGCACCUUUCGCGGCGCCAGCGGCCCGCGCGGCGACCUCGCCAGCCUCCCCGCGCUCGGGCACGACCCGCAGGGCAAGGUCCUCGGCAUCCUGGGCAUGGGCGGCAUCGGGCGCAACGUGGCGGCCAAGGCGCGCGCGUUCGGCAUGACAGUGCGCUACCACAACCGCAGCCGGCUGGGCCCGGCGGAGGAGGACGGCGCCGAGUACGUCGACUUUGCGACGCUGCUGGCCGGGAGCGACGUCCUGAGCCUGAACCUGCCGCUCAAUCCGGAAACGCGACACAUCAUCUCGGCCAAAGAGUUUGGCAUGAUGAAGCGCGGCAUCGUCGUCGUCAACACGGCCCGCGGCGCCGUCAUGGACGAGGCGGCGCUCGUGGAGGCGCUGGAUGCGGGCAUCGUGUCCAGCGCGGGGCUCGACGUCUUCGAGAACGAGCCCGAGGUGCACCCGGGCCUGCUGGCCAACGAACGGGUCAUGCUGGUGCCGCACAUGGGCACCUGGACGGAGGAGACGGAGGCCAAGAUGGAGGAGUGGGCGCUGGACAAUGUGCGGUUGGCCUUGGAGCAGGGCCGGCUAAAGAGCAUUGUACCAGAGCAAAAGGACAUGCAAUAG